GGAUGGUUUUUUCCACCGUGACACAGGAGAGUUUCUUUGCUGUGUGAAAGGAGUAUCUGUUGGCACCACUGCUUUUCCAUUCAUUUUCUCUCUUUGAGCCGGGUCUUGCACCGUUCCGCUGCCAUGAUGGCCCAGUCCAAGGCCAACGGCUCGCACUACGCACUGACGGCCAUCGGCCUGGGGAUGUUGGUCCUCGGGGUUAUCAUGGCCAUGUGGAACCUGGUUCCUGGUUUCAGCCCUGCGGAUAAGCCAACAGCUCAGGGCAAUAAGACAGAGGGAGGUGGUGGCAUCCUCAAAAGCAAGACUUUUUCAGUGGCCUACGUGCUGGUCGGGGCCGGCGUGAUGCUGCUGCUGCUAUCCAUCUGCCUGAGCAUCCGGGACAAGAGGAAGCUGCGGCAGAGUGAGGAGCUGGCCAGAAUUCAGCAGCAGGCAGGAGCCGUGCCCCCCUCCCAAGAGGAAGACAGCCAGGAGGAGGAGGAGGAGGCCUCCUCACGGUACUACGUACCGAGCUACGAGGAAGUGAUGAACACGGGCUACCCGGAAAGCAGGGACCAGGAGCAGAACCCAAGGCUGAGCAUCUCUCUCCCCUCCUAUGAAUCGCUAACUGGGCUCGACGAGGCAACCCCCACUAGCACCAGGGCAGAGACAGAGACCAGCCCAGGGCAUGCUCCCGACAGGCAAAACUCCAAGCUGGCCAAACGCCUGAAGCCACUCAAAGUUCGAAGGAUUAAAUCUGAAAAGCUUCACCUCAAAGACUUCAGGAUCACCCUCCCAGACAAGAACGUUCCCCCUCCCUCUAUCGAGCCUUUGACUCCUCCACCGCAGUAUGACGAGGUCCAGGCAAAGGCCCCCGAGGCCCGGCCACCCGAUUGAAAGACUUCUCUGACUACACUCCCUCCUGUCUCACCCUCCACACCAACAGACUUCGCCAAAGCCACUUCAGCCCCAGUCGAGGGGUCAAGGCACACUUAGCCACUGUGAUGGGGAUUCUGGGUAGAGGGAGUUACUAAGAACGGUUCACAGAGCCUCGCAGAGUAGGGGCGCCAGAAGGAUGCUGGGAGUUUGUGAUGCUCUGAACCAUGGCAAGGCGUUGUGGCCUUGGCAACCUCUCCAUCUUCCUCUCCCACUCGGGAUCAUUGCCCACACACUCCUCUCCUGGGCUGGGACAGGAUCCCUAGUGACUCCCUUUAGACCAAGGUUGUCUCCUUUCACUUCCACCACAGUUGCUGGGUUUCAAAGAGAAACCAAGUUUUAUGCUUGCCUUCUUCGCUGAGCCUUGAACCCGUGGAGAACAUGGCUCCAGCCUUGGCCAAAAGGACCUAGGACUGUCUGAUGGAUAAAAUGAUGGCCGUGUGGGAGUGAAUUGUGAGGGAGGUGCCUAGAGGCCCCUAGUGCUGCCGGUUCUUUGAGGGUCUAAGGCCUGAUGACCUUCAGCACGGGACACAGAAGAUGAUUGUCUGAGUCGGUACACUGGUCUCCCAUGGGUAAUGGGAGACAAGAGCGGAAGGCGCUGCCCCGUGCCUUCUCGAACGCCAUGCAAAUGGGCAUUUUAUAAUAAAGUGUUUUAUAUGUAGCACA